AUGGAACAGUCGGCCAUGUCGUGGCCGGAGCAGCUCCGUGAGAAUACCCUCAUCACUGCGCCCGGGGACGAAGAGUUCUCCAACUUGUUCGAGUUCAACAUACCCUUUCCCGAAGUCGAGCACGGACCAGGGAAUAUGCAGCAUUCUCUACCGACAACCACCGGCCCGGAUUCCGAUAUGGCUCACUUGCGAUCAAACCCCGUUCAGUAUUCCGUCCAGAUGGACGGCCUCAUGGAAUUUGGCGAUCCCACCCAGCCGCACGCGCAUCCCGGCCACUCAAUGCCUUACUCGACUCCCAGUAUGACGCCAGCCUUCUGCGCGCAGGAACCGUCGCCUAUGGCGCAACCACCAACGCAUCAACAUUACAUGCAGGGUCAGACCAUGAUUCCUCCCACUCCGAACAGCAUUGAGAUGCAUGGAAAUGCUGCCCGAUAUCCCCAGCGCGUGGGUGAAACCCCGGAUAUGUAUGACGGAUAUUCACGCAUCAACGAGGAACAGGCUCUCUACACUCCUCUUGUUUCACCAGCUAUGACACCCCUGGAGAACCAAUUCCGACUUCCCGAAUACACAGUCCCUGGCGAAUACUUCACACCGCUCACCUCUCCCGCCCUGGAGGCUCAAAAUACCGACUCUAGCAGUUACCAGUACCAUGCAAGACAGGUGUCGGAUAUGGGUUUCGUUCCCACUGCUGCGGAGAUGAAUCCUCUCCCCGGAAACUCGGCUCCACCUUCCCCCAGCAUCAUUCGGAAGGCCAACGCUCGUCGCCGGCCAUCAACGACUACUGCCCGGCUUAACAAUGCAUUAAAGGCCAAGCAGUCUCCUAUUAUGCGGGCGCAACGUAAACGUAGCACCUUGGCUACCAAUUCGGAAGAGUUUUACAACAGUCUUACCCAGGAGUUGAACUCUACGAAGCCGCAGAACCAGGACAUCCGCUCACUCCGGUUCAGCAGCAAUGAAGGUUCUGGUCAGGACUCGGUCUCUCCCGAGCCAUUGUCAGAACCAUUAAUGCCUCCUCCAGCUCUUCCUCCCCCGCGGAUGUCUCCUGCCAUUAUCCCUCAUUCCCAUGCUUCUUCGCCUGGCACUGCUGCAACCCCUGCACUUUUGAUGCGCCUUCAACGAAACCAACAUUCACAGGACCCUUCGGGCCAGUUCCGCGGUCAAGCGCAGCUUGCAGAACCUGAAUUUUCAGAUGAGAUAAUGGAGGAUAUCUCCCUCCCCGAGGCAGCUGCCUCUUCACAACUACGCCCGAAACCAAGACGCAUUGAUACUGCCAUACGGACCCCUUCGAUUUCCACAAAUGGAACCCCAUUCUUGGAUCCUUUGUCUGCGGCAUACGAUCAACUUCCCAGUACCUCUCUUGCGCCCAGCCCGCGCACAGCUGCAAUGCCAUCUCCCAGUGGACCGGUCCCUCGGAAAUCAGAACCCAGGUCCACAUCUAAUCGGAAACGACCCAGUUUAAGCUCCACUCAGGCUAGCCCACAGUUGCGACCUAAGAUUAGUCCCAGUAUCCAGCCACUGAUGAAAGGCAACGAGAGCAUGACACAAGAUGCCCUUUACCUCGCUUCAAAAUCCAAUUACCAACAUAUUCUCGAUGGCACUUUGCCUUCAGGUGUGAGCUAUCCAGAGGCAUUGGCAGAGAAUUUGAGCUCCAAGCGGACGAAUCACAAGCUCGCCGAACAGGGACGUCGGAAUCGUAUCAACAAUGCCCUCAAGGAGAUUGAGCUUCUCAUUCCGCAGGAAUUCAUCGACGCCCGUAACGCCAAGGAAGCUGCACAAUCGGGCAGCAAGGUCACCGAAAAGGAGAAAGAGAAAGAAAAGGCAAACCAGGCCAUCAGCAAGGCUACCGCGGUGGAGAUGGCCAUUGAUUACAUCAAAACCCUCAAGAUGACCCUGGAUGCAACCACUGCCAGACUGGCUGCCGCCGAGGCCAAGUUGUCAGGCGCGCCUUCCCCGAAGGACUCGGCUUCCAGCCCUAAUGUCGCUUGUACUUCCACUACUGAGUCUGAGAAGAACGUGGAGGGCAUCACCUCGGACACGGAGUGUUCCUUGUAA